AUAGUUAAACUGUUCGGUGAAGAAGGUUAUGGCUCUCAAACUUGAAAUCACCAAAGGUCCUCGAGCCGGAGAAACCCUAGAAUACCGGCCCGGAUCCACCAUUCGAAUCGGUCGUGUUGUCCGGGGUAAUAACCUCACCAUCAAAGACUCCGGCAUCUCCACCAAGCACCUCUCCCUCGAAUCCGAAUCUGGCAAAUGGCUACUUCAAGACCUCGGCUCCUCCAACGGCUCUUUCCUCAACGACCAACUGAUCGACCCCGACGUCCCCGUCGAUCUCAGUGACGGAGACUGCAUCAAGAUUGGAGAAUCUACUUCCAUCUCCGUCAAGAUUGAAGUCCACGAUGGGAGCUACUUGAGGCGGAGCUCUAGGCGUGGAGUUCAGGAGAAGGAUGGCGGAGCUUCUGGUGCGACUAAUCGGGGUAGGAGAGGUAAGGUUGCGAAGGAAAAGGAGAAGGAAGUGGAAUGUGCUUUGGGGGUGGAGAAUGCAGAGGCGGUGGAUGUAGUUGAGGUGGUUGAGAAACCAAGGCGGGGGAGGAAACCUAGGGUUUUGAAGAGUGUGGUUGAGGAGAAGGAGAAGGAGAAGGAGGAGCAAGAGCAUGAAGAGAAAAUGGGGCAGCUGCGGCAAGUGAGAACGAGGCGAACUCGGAGCUCCAAAAAGGAGGAAAAUGCAGUGUCUUGUUCAGUUCUUGAGAAAAUUCCAGAGAAUUCUGAUGUAGAAGGUGGACAAGUUAAGGUUGGCAAUAAGAAGACUACUCGUGCCGGCGGUGGCACAAGGAGGAGGAAGAAUUCACCACAGAAGUCGCCUGAUUGUGUUGAAGUUAUUGAUCUUAAGGAUGAGUUGAUUAUGAGGGAACAUGAGUGUGAAAAGGCAGUCAGCGAGCUUGGUGUCGAAGAAGUUUGUGAAAAGGCCGUCGGGGAGCUUUGUGUUGAAGAAAUUGGUGAAAAGGAGGAUCAUGGCAGAGAUGCUUGUGGCAUCAGUGGAGAGGCAAAAAAGGAUAGUGCUUCUGGUUCUAAAGAGAAGUUGGGUGAAUCUGGAAAGGAGCUGGAUUUGGAGAAGAUGACACUUGGAGAGUGGUUUGAUUAUUUGGAGAUUGCUUUGCCGAAACAGAUAAUUGAAGCAAGUGAGGAGAUGAUCAAGGGUAUGAGACUGAAAGCCGAAAGGUUUCACAAUUACAUGGUAGAGUUAGAAGCACCUAUUGUUAGCUUAUCUUUUAAGGUUGCAUUCUGCUCAAUGGAGAUUAUUUUUUCUUCAGAGAUAACAUCCCAACAAAUUUCUCUUUCAUGUGAGUGACCCUAUAUUGAAGAUUGAAAUUGGAAAUUUAGUUGGGAAUUUCUCUUUAAUAUUCCUGUUGAUAUGUAUAUAUGUUCAUACAUGUGUUUUUAUUAAUUCUGUUGCAAUAAAUUUAUUGCAGUAUUGCAUAUUUUUAUACUUAGAAAUAAAUAUCUAAUAU